UCAAGCCCGGGCACAUGGGGUCCUGUCUCGUUUUUUUUACAAAAAUCUCAAUGCGCUUAGUUUCUUACACAUGCGAAUUUUUUUUUGAUUCACUUAUUGCGGAAGGAAACAUCUUUGCAAAGGUUUAUUUAUUUAUUUUUUUUUCAUUUUCGGUAGGAAAUGGAGGAGGUGGAUGUCGAGCCGACCACAACACUCAUCCCAGGUGUUGACUUCAGGCAGAAGCACUUGGGCUUUGUGUGGGGUCCCAGGGACAUACUGACCUAUGAGACGCAGUACAAGACAGCAGGAGCCCCGGCUGCUUUUGCGAGCUGCCCGUGGAUCCACGUGGUCAGGAAGGAUGAAGACAUCUACUCUCCCAUCCUGCGCAAGCUCUUCAACGAGUCCCACCACAUCUUCGUCCAGCUGCAGAAGAGCACGGACGACACCGCCAGCAAGGCCAAGAAGCCUCGGUUUGUCAGCAUUAGUAAGAACUACCGAUCAGUGAUCCGGGCCUGUAUGGAGGAGCUCCAACAGAAUGCAGUUUCUGCACGUGACGCGGCUCUAGCAACACAGUAUGGCAAUCAGGUGUCAAUUCUGUUGGCAGUGGAGCUCAUCUGGAAUCUAUGUGAAGUCUUGUUCAUCGAUGCUGCCCCAGCUGGCACCCUUCUGCUGCACCUUCUGGACUGGGUUCGACUGCACAAGGCCGGCGUCGAUGAGCAGGCUCAUGAGGUUCUGCAGAGCGAGAGCCCCGCGCAGCACCCUUCCUACUGGGACGUGGUGAUCUCCUACGUCCUGCAGGGUCGGAUGGACGAGGCCAGGCAGAUCCUGGGGAAGCAGGCUUCCCAGCAGCCAGGGGCACGAGCCGUGUACAAGCUGCUGGACAACCUCAUGAUGAAAAUGCCCAUUUACAACCCGGGGGGGAACCAGACGCUGACGGAGUUCGAUGUGAGGUGGCGUCACUGGCGUGAGGAGUGCACGCGCUGCCUGGAGGACCGCUCCUUUGCUGGGGACCCCCACCUGGAGCUCAUCUGCAAGAUUCUUCUGGGCGACGAAGACACUCUGCUGGAGCAGAAAGAGCUCCUGGGCACCUGGUACCAUUUCCUGGUCACCCGUCUCCUGUACACACAACCCACUGUCAAGCCUACAGAGCUCCAUUACUACGCACAGUCCAGCAUGGACAUGUUCUUGGGUCCUCGUGCUCCGGAGCCUUUGGACAGCAUCCUGUUGGCUGCAUUCGAGUUUGACAUCCACCAGGUCAUAAAGGACUGCAGCAUUGCCCUCAAUAACUGGUGGUUCGUUGCUCAUUUGACAGACCUGUUGGAUCACUGCAAGCUCUUGCAGUCCCACAACCUUCACUUUGGUUCCAAUCUAAGGGAGUUUCUCCUCUUGGAAUAUGCUUCUGGCCUCUUCACCCAUCACAGCCUGUGGCAGCUGGCGGUGGAUUACUUUGACCACUGUCCGGAGUUCGGGAGAGUGUACCUGGAGAUGCAGAUCGAGAGGGUGCCCUUGGACACUGAGCGCAAGGCUGUGAAGGUGCUGCGGAUCUGCGAACAGAGGCAGAUGGCAGAGCAAGUGCGCAGUAUCUGCAAGAUCAUGGCUAUGAAAGCUUUGCGCAACCAACGCCUGGGCUCAGCGCUUUCCUGGAGCAUCAGAGCCAAAGACGCCGCCUUCGCCACCCUUAUCUCCGAGAGGUUCCUUCAGGACUACUGUGACCGCGGCACCUUUUCUGACCUGGACCUGAUAGACAACCUGGGGCCAGCCAUGCUGCUGAGUGAUAGGCUCACCUUCCUGGGGAAGUACCGCGAGUUUCACAAGAUGUACGGGGAGAAGAAAUUCCCAGAAGCGGCCAAGCUGCUGCUGUCCCUCAUGACGGCCAGAAUUGCCCCCAAGAACUUCUGGAUGACCCUCCUGACCGACGCCCUGCCUCUCCUGGAGCAAAAACAGGUGAUAUUUUCAGCAGAGCAAACAUAUGAACUCAUGCACUGUCUGGAGGAACUCACGUCCGGAGCAGAUGACUCAAAGGAUGAACACGUAGGUCAUGUUGAAGACAUCAAAACCACUAAAAUAGAGCUCCUCCGUCUUGCACUGGCACGGAACCUGGCUUCCGCGAUUGUGGAGGAGGGCACGGUGGACUCAUGGUGAAAACCGAUCCAAUUCUCUACUCGUGUAUAUACAUUUUAUUAUGGGUCCUUUUUUCUGCCGAGAUAAUAAAGCUCAUUUUCUUCAUAGAA